AUGGUCGAGGCCUUGUCUGUCUCCGAUAUCGCUGAUGAUGUCGUGAGGAGAGUAAACCACGACGGUGGUUGGACCUUGGUGGUUUGGUCCAAGUCUGCUCACGGAGAAGGUGAGACUGGCAUCAAGCCCCCGAGAUCUCAUCUUGUUCGGCUGUUUCCUUCCAAUAUGCCGUUGCAAACAAUUAACAUCAUCAAGGCACAAAGAUAUCAAGGGGAACCACCCCCUGCUAAUGGCCAACAACGAGGAGGUCAACAGCAGGAAGCUCGUCAACAACAGCAACUUCCACAACAGGAACAGGCUAGCAACAAUGAACAACAGCAGGCUAACGCUCGGGAGCAGAACGGACAAAUGGAACAAGGGGGCAACCGGUAUGGGAGCAAUAUAGCUUCCUAA